AUGAAGUUCACCCAGAUCCUCGCCGCCGCCGCCAUCUCCACCCACACCGCCCUCGCCGUCCCCGACGUCGUCGCCAAGCCGCUCUUCCCCGGCUCCUGCACCGGCUUCCCCACCUGGCAAAACGUGCGCGGCAGCGACCUCACCGGCGCCUUCGAGUUGGUCGUCGACCAGACCGGCGACGACGGCGUCGACGGCCUCCCCACCCGGUCCGACGACAUCAAGUGGGGCAACGAGACCAUCAAGAUGAUUCACGCCGACCUCCGCAAGUCGCGCAUGUUCGCCAGGCCCCGGUACGCCUGCACCAACGGCGCCGUGAGCCACGCCGUCCUGCAGUUCGCCCCGGGCUACGACGUCGAGGUCUACUCCCACACCGUGGACGGCGUCGAGCAGCCCGGCAAGUUCAUCGGCGCCCUGAACCAGACGACCUGGGGCUUCGCCUACGUCCAGCCUACCGAGUGCGGCAAGAUGCCCUACUACGAGGCCAUGCUGCAGGGGCUCCCCGUCGACCCGGACACCGAGCACAAGGCGGCUUGGCCUCCCGAGUUCUUUGGCUUCAUCAGGGCCCAGUCGUAG